AUGUUUUUUAUUGUGGUCAUAACGGUUAUUGUGAUUUCUUCCACUGAAGACUUCAGUUUAGUGUUGGCUGUUCUCAGUGCUUUUUUCGACCACUAUUGGUUGUUAAAAUUGUGGUUGUUUGUUGUUAUCACCUAUAACAAGUUUUGUUUACAGUAUAUUUUAAAUUUAUUUCGCUUCAUAACGUUUGAGAUGUCCUCAGCUAUGGAAGAAGAUGAUUAUUUCUUGAAGUGGGAAAAACAUCAUAGUGCUUUCAUUUCAUAUUUUAGCACUCUAUUUAGGAGAAGUAUGUUAGUGGACUGUACACUAGCUGCAGAGGAUAAAUAUAUUAAAGCUCAUAGAAUGGUUUUGAUGGCUUGUAGUCCAUAUUUUGAGGAGUUGUUAAGUGAUCAUUGUGACAACUUUCCUAUUGUGUUUCUUGACAUCAAGUUUUCUGAAUUGAAGUCAAUUGUGGACUUUUGUUAUCGUGGAGAAGUGAAAGUAUCAUUUAAUGAACUAGAAGGAUUCUUGAAAGCUGCUAAUGUACUACAAAUACGUGGACUGACUGAUAAAUCAAAGUCUGAAAAAUCUGGAGGAAGCACUCCUAGAUUGAAACGUCGUCAUUCUACUAAUAAUAACAUUGAUAACUUUAAAAAAUGUGAUAGUGUUAAUGAAACUGGAAGUGUUGAUACUAGUGGGAGUGAUGUGGCUCAUGAAAUGAGUGAUAGUGUCAAUAAUAGUGAAUUAACUGAAAUUAGUGCUGAAAAGAAAAGAAAAGUGCUUACACCAGAUCUUCUUAAAACCCUCGUGAAGUGUGAGCUUACCACUUCAGAGGAAAAUCAAGGUUCAGACAAUUCAGAUGUGGAUACAGAUGAUGAAUCUGAUGCAAGUAUCAAGGGUGAUGUGGAGGAGGAUGUUGAUGUUAACGAGCUCCUUAUGCAGGCUACUGGCUCUCUCAUGUUUCCUUGGUCAUGUAACAGAUGUGGUGAAGCCUUUCCAACUAGAAAACAAUAUCAGGAUCAUCGCAAGAACUGUUUUGAAGUACCAAUAGACCAUCCAUGGAAGUGUGAACAGUGUCCUAACACUUAUAAAAAUAAGAAAGAUCUUAUCCGUCACUUAAACUAUUGUGGGAAGGAACAACCAAGGCUUGUCUGCGAAAGGUGCAAUAAUACAUAUAAGUACUAUAGAGGAUUAAAGCGACAUCAGCAGUACUGUGGAACUGAUGUGAAGCCUUUAAAGUGUCCCGAAUGUGAUAAGACGUAUAAGUAUAAGCGUGGUUUACGACGUCAUCAAAGAAAAUGUUCUAUAUUUAGAGCACUUAGUUUUCUUCAAGAAAGAGGUGUUAAUCCUGUUGUUACUCCCGAAUUGAAGCUUGAGAAAGAAAAACGUACUGUUCCAUCGAUGGCAACUCUAGUUUGUGCAUGUGGAAAGGGUUAUAAGUAUGAAAGAUCAUUUCAAAGGCAUCGGACUAUUUGUUCAGGUUUUCGUCUCUCAGAAUCUUCGCAGUCUGUAAAUGUUGAAUCUGCAGAUUCUGUGAACAGUUAA